AAUUAGUACUACGCGGUAAAUACUACCAGAUGCCCGUGUUUACGAUGAAAAGUUUCAAGCCGUAACACGUUCGUCGCGUAAACAAUAGUGGAAAAUAUAAUUAUACCAUCAACAACAAGCUUGAAAUACUUGUAGAUCAAUUGAUGAUACAGUGAAAAUAACGCUAAAAUUUUGAUAAAACUGUAUCAAUAGUUCAAACUGCAAAAAUAUAGAUCUGAGUUUAGCACAGAACAUUAAUUCUAGUUUAGCAUUGGUGUUAGUAAGUAAAAGUGUUAAAGGACGAUAGAUAAUUGUAAUGUGUAGUGACGGACAAAUAGAUUACUACUCUACUGCUCCUAAACUCGACUACUCCAAAAUCGUAAAUAAAUAAUGUUUAAACAUUUAGUUAAGAUGUAGUGAGAAAUACGCCGUUUUAGAAUCAGUGAUCUGUAAAAACCGUGUCGAAAAGAAUGGCGCAGAACAAGGAAUAAGGCUUUAAAAAAGCUGUCAAGUAAAAAUAUAUUUCUUCAAAAGAAAAAAAUAAUAAAAGGUUUGAUGCAUACCUAAAGAAAACUUUUCACAUACGUAGAGUAUUUUGUUCGAUUGUACAAAGUAAUAGCUAUACCUAAAUCGUCUUAUAUAUUAUAGAAGUAGGUACUAUUGAAUAGGAAAACAAAAGUUAUAACAUCGUUCAAAAAAUGGAAUGGAAUGGCAAAAGGAUUCUACAAGUGCUUUAGUAAUAAUAUUAAUGUUUAACAUAUAAAACUCUAUAACGAACAGUAAUAUCAUUUCAUCAAGUGGUUUAUAAUAUGAAUAUGAACUCGUAAAAUUAAAAAAAAAUACACGUACGGAAAUGUCUGUGCUCUUGUGGACUAUGUCAAUUGAAACCCAGAGGUGAGGCUAAGCGUGAGGAUGACUUGGACCAAAGAACUGGACGAGGCAGCCGUCCUGGCUACUAAGAAAGGCUGCUGGCACAUCCUUUUGUUUUAUCUACUGUGUGGUCUUGCAGCUAUACCGACAUCAUUCUUAGUAUUCUCACAGGUUUUCACAAACGCCACGCCUGACCAUUGGUGUGCACCUCCCAUAGAACUUGAAAGCCUAGCUUUUCCAGAUGACAUGCUUCGUAAUAUGACUGUGCCACAAGAUAAUGGUAUCUUUGAAAAGUGCAAAAGUUACUCUUUAGACAUGCAAGUGUUGCGAGCUGAUCUUAAAGAGUUUUUUGCUAUUAAAAAUUUUACAAAUGCGGAUAAUGGUACGCUGUUAUUUUUAAAAAUUAAAGACGUAAUCUUAUCGAGCGAUGCAGAGAGCAGAUAUGAAAAGAUACAACGAGUUCAAGAUGCAGUUGUGACAGCCAGACAAGAACCUACCGCUUGCACAAACUGGAUAUUUAGCACGGAGCAUUAUAAAAGUACUUUGGUUACAGAAUUCUCCUUGGUUUGUGAUAACGAGUGGUUGCCAAGAACUGGCACUACUCUCUUCUGGGUGGGCUCGCUCGUUGGUAAUCUAUUCUUUGGAUGGAUAUCUGACAGAUAUGGUCGACGGCCUACUAUAUUGCUCAUGAUCUUUCUCGAGGUACCAUUAUGUAUUCUCGCAUCAUUCCCUGGAAACUAUUGGGGCUACAUUACUUUGAGGAUUUUGGGAGGGCUAUUCUUCCCAGCACUUUACCAACAGCCUUUUAUACUGGCGUUAGAAUUAAUGCCCCCAGCUACGAGAACGCAUACAGGUAUCGUCGUGGGCAUGUUGUUUGCAAGCGGUAUGUGCUUGCUAGCCCUUCUAGCUUUCCUGAUACGUGACUGGGUCUACUUAUCAAUGGCUAUCAGUAUUCCUUUUGUUGCAUUAUUUGGAUAUUACUGGCUUAUCCCAGAAUCCCCUCGAUGGUUGGUCGGAAGAGGACAUAUAGCGGAUGCUGAAAAAGUUCUUCGGAACCUCGCUAAGAAAAACGGCAUUAUUUUAACUCAUGGAUUUCUUUUAGAAUUGCAUAAAAAAAUCAAAGACGAAGAAGCUGAGGCGGAGUUUGCAAUAAUGCCAGCAGAAAACGGACAAGUACCAUUUCAAGAAAGAGAAGAUGUUGUGGAUAUAAUACCUAAUAAUACGUCUUUCUCGAAACCUGAAUCACGACAAAAUACUGAAAAUGAUAUUGAAAAUAAAGAAAAUUUUGAACCAAGAGCGUUAGAAAUAGGGGAUUUAGUUAAAAAAUCUAGAUCCCCAGGAGAUGUAGAAAGUCUCAAAGAGGAAGUUAUUAGAUUAAAUCAAAAAGAUUCAAAAAAAUCACAAACAGAAUGUUCCUUUCCGAAAUCGCUUAAAAGAAAGUCUAUCCAAUUAGUCAAUAAAAUUAAGAGUUUAAAAGAAAACGAAGGUAUUCUAGAAGAAAGGAAAUUAGAUGAUCAAAACUCAGAAGAAGAUUGUAGAGCAUCGCCAUUCGAGAUGUUCAGAUAUCCAAAUAUAAGAAAGAAGUUUUUUAUACUUACCUUUAACUGGGUAGCAUUAGGAGUAGUCUAUAAUAGUUUAAGUUAUAAUUCGCCGAAUUUAGGAGUUGAUGAUUUCUUAGCCUUCUUUAUUGGUGGUGCAGUGGAAAUUCCAUCAUAUUUCAUAGCAUGGCAGUGCAUGGAACGGUAUGGCAGACGUUGGGUGUUGUGUAUAUUCAUGAACAUUGGAGGAUUAGCGUGUCUUUGCUGUGCAUUAGUCCCUGAAGCAUGGCCUUGGGUAGUAGUUUCCUUAGCUAUGCUAGGAAGAUUAUGCGCUGCGGCCUCUUUUGCAGUGUUCUACGUACAGAUCGGUGAAUUGCUUCCAACAGUGGUGAGAGCACAAGCAAUGGGUGCUUCUUCCGUCAUAGCUGGUAUUGGUUUGCUAACUGUGCCAUAUAUAGUAGCAUUGGCAUCCAUAUCUAAAUAUCUUCCUCUCAUAAUCAUGGGAGUGCUAAGCGUGAUGUCAGGAGUGACGUCACUCUUCUUACCCGAAACCCUGAACCAGCCGUUACCACAAACUCUCGAAGACGGGGAGGUUUUCGGAAGAAAUUUCAAAUUGUUAAGCUGUGUAGAAAGGACAAAGGAUUAAGCUUAUGUGUAAUGAGAUAAAUAUCAUUAUGUGGCAUUUAUUAAAAACUCGGCGCUAUACUUAAGUUUUCAUCUAAAAAUACAUACAUCUAAAAAUUAAGAUAUUUGAACGUUAUUUUAGAUAAAGUAAGGUUACAUUAUCACUAAAUUAAUUAAUUAAAUUUUGAUGUGCAUAUUUUGCGGGUAUGAAAGGUUUUAUCAAAACUUAAUUAGUGAUAUGAGUUAUUGAGAACUUAUGGAUUUUUGAGUGAGUAAUUUCUAUAGUAGUUGAAUAGGAAACUUUCUUUUAAUUAGGUAAAUAAUUGUGGAUAUUAUAAUGUUUGUUAAUUGUUUAACAAAAUGUAUAGGUAAAAUCAGUAUUAUUUUUGUAAUAUUAUUUUAAAAAUAAACACUUAUCAAUGA